UAGAAAUUAAACAUGGCGUCACUAGCUGCCAAAAUACUACAUCGUCCCAAUAUUUUUAAGGUUUUAGGAGCUAAUAGAGUUUGUCAUUCACUAAAUUCAUCAAAGAGGACACACUUUACAUAUGUUCCAGAGGUUCCAAAGCAAGAACAUGGGGAAACAGCCAAGUCAAACCUUGUGCAGUCAGUAAACAGUGCUCUUGAUAUAGCUCUAGGAAAUGAUCCAACAGCAGUUAUUCUAGGUGAAGAUGUUUCAUUUGGAGGAGUUUUCAGAUGUACAGUUGGACUGAAGGAUAAAUAUGGUGCCGAUAGAGUAUUCAAUACGCCCUUGAGCGAGCAAGGAAUCGUUGCAUUCGGCAUUGGUCUAGCAGUAGCUGGAGCAACAGCUGUUACAGAGAUACAGUUCGCGGACUACAUCUUCCCAGCCUUCGAUCAAAUCACAAACGAGGCCUCAAAGUUUAGAUACAGGACGGGGAACUUAUUUGAUUGUGGGAAUUUAACAAUACGAACACCAUGUGGGGCUGUGGGUCAUGGAGCGUUGUAUCAUUCACAAAGUCCUGAGGCAUUCUUCGCUCAUAUACCAGGAAUAAAGGUAGUAAUUCCCAGAGGAUCCAAUCAGGCGAAGGGCUUAUUGUUAAGUUGUAUUAGAGAUGAAAAUCCUUGCGUAUUCUUUGAACCAAAAAUAUUGUAUCGGUCUGCAAUAGAAGAAGUUCCUACAGGGGAUUAUACCAUACCUCUAGGGAAGGCAGAAAUUGUUGUAGAAGGAAGUGAUGUCACACUACUGGGUUAUGGUACACAGGUUCAUGUCCUAAUAGAGGUGGCGACCAUGGCUAAAGAACAACUCGGGGUCUCCUGUGAAGUCAUUGAUCUGAGAACCAUUCUGCCAUAUGAUAUUGAAACUAUAUGUAAUUCAGUUAUAAAAACUGGGCGACUGGUUGUAUCCCAUGAAGCCCCAGUCACCAUGGGCUUCGCCACAGAAAUAGCAACUGCAGUUCAGGAAGAGUGUUUUCUGAACCUUGAGGCACCAAUACAGCGAGUGUGUGGAUACGAUACACCAUUUGCUCAUGUGUUUGAGCCUUUUUACAUGCCAGACAAGUGGCGAGUGAUAGAGGCCAUAAAGAGGGUUGUCAACUUCUGAGGAUCGUAUACUGUGCAAGCUUAGGGUCUGAAUGUGUCCAAACAAUGAAUCUCAUGAGAAUGGACGAGACAUUUUUCCUGACCACCAAUGAAGGUGUUGGAUAACUAUAGUGAAAUACUUGUGCUCAGUUCUAGGUAUUGACUACUGACUGAUUACCAUGUAUAUGUUUUGCUGGUCAUCAUUUUGCACACAUAAAAGCUCCCAUUGAUAUAUUGCUGUAGCGUAGGAUAAUUUCAUAAUCGAUAAUUGAAUGAAAUGAACAACCAUAUUCGAUCAUCAAAUAGGUAAAUAUUUGAAGUGAUUUUCCUUACUAAAUAUUCAUAUGAAAAUAACCUCUAUGUUUAUUGGGGCAAUUUUUAUGUCAUUUGUAUGUCAAAGUUGACCUGACAUAUUGAAUAGCCAGAGAGAAAUAAACCAUAAUGAAUUAUUUCUUUAUACAUUUAUUAUAUUGACUCAACAAAUGAUAUUCUAAACAUGUAAAAUAAUAAAGUUUGAUGGAAAUCCAUUAUAAUUGAUGAAUUUAGUCUAUUAUCGCCAUUGUUGGGCCUAUUUUUCAAUUAAAUUCAAACAUUGUGCCAUCUCAAUUUUGUAGGUAUUGAUUUUGUUAGUUAAUGCCAUUGUGUAUCGGAAAAGCUAAUGCAGGUAUUUCAUGUCUUAUCAAGUUGUUUUUAAUAUAUUUAUUUCAUAUUUGCUAUGUCGGGUCACAGACCUUAUAGGUCCAUGGUCGGGUCAAACUCAACACAGUGGUUAAUUGUUAAUUGCCUUUGCUGUAGAGAAAUCACUGCCGUUAUGCAAGUCAUAUGAAAAUAAUGGAAAUCAUGUGACCUUGUCUAAAAAAAUAAUCUAAUUUAUUAACCUCGCAAAGCGACAUCAUUUAAUGGAACUAUAAUAAAAUUUAAAUAUUGCAUAGGUAUGUGUAAAAAGAUAAAUCACCUCUGCUCAUCAGGAAAGAUCAUUGUGUAGAAAAUUGAUUGUCAAUUAUGUUGUGUUUUAAUUGAUCUGAUAAUUAUAUAAGAAAACACCCGUUGCACUUUUUGAUUGUUAUUCUUAAAAUAAACAAUGUUGGUCUGGAAGAGUUUACCUUUCUUCUGAAGUACAAGACAGCAGAGGAAUGGAUGCAAGUAUCCUUUUUGUGUUGCCUGUGAAAUGUUGCAGACACUUGGCCCGACAUUGUCGGAGGAUUGUCUGCAUUAUAAUCUUUUGCGGGGUUGUCACAAUUUUGUUUUCAAUCACUAACUUUUGCACAACUUGUUACAGAGUCUUCAAAAUUGGAAUGGACAUUGGUCAUAAUCAGAAGAUGACCCUGAUUUUGGGGUCAGUAGGUCACUGUCAUGGCAACCUUAACUAAAAAAAAUAUUGGCCCUUUCCACAGGUGACAAAUCCUCUUCACAUAAUUCUAGUUUUACUGAGUUUUAUACUCAUUUUGUUUCAGCAGUAUAUAUUAAUUGCAUGUAUGCGUACACAUGUAUAUGUGUUAAAAUGGGGAAAAAAGUGUUUUUUGAGUGCAUUACACAGGCCAGUUUGAAUCAAGAUCUUAGUCAAAUUUAGACGUAAAUUAGAAUUAUGUUAGUGAACAAUGUUCAUUUUUUUUGCUAAAUAUUUGUGUGAAUUUAGCUUAAGCCAGUAGAAAAAAUAAACACGAAGUUGAUUAGAUUAAAAACAAUCAACUUAUUUACAUUUAUGAUUUUUCUGCAUUUUUAAUAUUAUUGAAACUAUGACUUAGAUACUUUACUAAAACUGGCCACUUCAUUUUUAAAUGUCAUAAUUAUUUUCCCAGAUAUGAUCAGCUUUAUUGUCAUCAAUUUUUGUUAAAUCCAAUUUUGGUUGUUAUAAUGUAUUAUUUCUUACAUAAUAAUGAUAAUUAUGAUGUGUGUACAACAACACUGAAUCAUUUAUCCACUUCUUUGAAAAGCUUAAUUUUAAAAAUAUUGUUAAAUUUUUCAUUUUUUCUUGACAAAGUUUAGUUCUUAAAUCAAAUAAAUAUAGAAAAUUGAUUAUCCCUUAUAAAUUAGUAUUGAAAAACGGGUACUUCAGGCCCUGAUUUCUCGAACAAUCGGAAGUCCCAUAUAACAGGAUCAAGCUAAUUGCUCACUAAUUUGGGUUUGGUAAAAUUUGUGCUAAAGUUUCAUUGUGAAAGGUUUUCAGACUUUUAAAGGAAAUUAUCUUUAUAAUACCGGUAUACAUGAUAGAUUUUUUUUUGUAGGAUCAAGUUUAAGUAAGUUACUUGGCUAAAUGAAAUAAGAUACUUAAACUUAAAGUGACACUCUUAUUCAAAAUCAGUACAUACACAUGUAUAACAAACAUAAAUGUUGACUCAUAAACCUUUUACUACUUACUUAAUCAUGCAUUUAUGGAAAAUAUGAAUUACUGAUAAGAAGAUUGUGACUGUGUAUUUAAUAGCAGAAAUAUUAAAUGAUUGGUGAGUGCUAAAAGAUUUACUGUGAUCUACUAUAGUCUCAUAAGGUAGAAAUACCGUGUUUUUAUGAUCAUUUCUUUCAAAUUAAACUCGGUAACCUUCAUAAGAAACAUUGUUUUUGACAUGUAGUCAUCCUUUUUGGAAUAUUAAUACAACUUUAUUAAAUGUGGUAAAUGUAUUUGGGAGAAAUAGUGCAUCUUUAAGUCUGUUAUGCUUAAGACUGUUUGAGAGAUUGAGACUUGAAUCAUUUCUUGCUUUCUCUGUGUUAUAAAAAAAGUUGAAUCUCUUUCAAUACUCUGUAUUUAAAUAUUUGCAUAUGUUUUAUACCGUGUGGGACAUUGCAUGUGACACAUGUAUGUAAUAGUGUUUUCUUUGGAAACUGUUUUAUUGUGUAUCAUUAAUUAAAUAAUUGAAUAAAUUAUUGAAUUAGAAUGUCGGAAA